AUGGAGUACCUCUCCCGAUGCAUGAGCCAGUUAGCUAAUAAUCCUGAUUUCAACCACCAUCCUAGAUGUGAAAGACUUAACCUGACUCACAUGAUGUUUGCGGACGAUCUGCUGAUGUUUGCUCGAGCUUAUAGAGAAUCUGUUAGACUAUUAAUGAUGACUUUCAUGAAUUUUUCUCAAGCCUUAGGUCUGGAAGCAAAAUUAGAUAAGAACAAUAUCUAUUUUGCUGGGAUUUUUGAAGUUGUUAGAGAGGAUAUUCUGGGAGUAAUUAAUGUUCCUAUUGGUGAGCUGCCAUUUCGAUACUUGGGAGUUCCUUUGUCUUCAAAAAAGCUCAGCUACUCUCAAUGCAAACCAGUUGUUGAGAAUGCUAGAGCCAAAUCAUGGACUAGCAAGUUCCUGAGUUAUGCUGGCGGAAUGCAGCUUAUUAAGUCCAUUCUUUUUGGUAUGCAGACUUUUUGGUGCCAAAUUUUUGCCAUGCCUAAAAAGAUUAUCAAGGAAGUUCAGUCAUACGGCAGAACUUUCUUGUGGACUGGUGAUAUUGAAAAUUCUAAGAGAGCUCUUGUGGCCUAG